AUAUGUAGUACGCGACGAACUGGCGGGAUUCGCAAAGCUGUUCAGAGAUCACAAGGCCUAUAAGUGCUUUGUGGACGGUCUUCGGAGGGAACGUCGUCUAAGGCGGCGGAUUGAAACACUGCAGAAUUAUCGAACAUUGGGUCUGACGGACUGGGAAAGUGUCGAUAAGUUUAAACAAGAUAGCAGAGUUAGAGAUGCGGCGAAGGAGGGUUGCCAUGGCAACCUUAUGGAUAUCCGAAGGGAUGUGCGGGGAACCGACAGUAGUCUAGCAGUUAGCUUACAAGGAAGUAGUAUUGUAGCGGCGGACACUGUUACAAGCACGAACGGGCCAUCAGAAGAACACGCAUCAGACAGUGACAGAGGCACUCAAAUGACAAGACUGGACGACGCUUACGAUCUACUGAACGCAGGGGAACUACAGGCUUGCGAGGAUAGUGGGUUCACGCCUGUACAGUAUAUUACGGUGAAGAGCUUAUUACUUACGUCCCAGGACUCUCUAAAUGAAUAUGUCACCGAGGAGAAGAAGGAACGCAUUAAGAAACUACUGGUUAAGGAGAGGAUAUACCCGGAGACAACUGCUGAAUAAUACAUAUAAAUAAAAUAUUAGCUAAUCAUUGAUAAAC